AUGGUAAGCCCGCGAUCACCUCCAUGAUACUCUAGCUGUACGCCUCUGCUCGCUGAUCAAACACUUUCUGCUGGUGCUUGGCACCGCAAUGGGAACAGACAGCGGGCAUGCGACAGCAAUGACCCAUUCUAUUCCACCAUCAAUGCUCUGAGCAGCGAUGAGUGUGACACAUGGCUUGAGCUGCUGUGCUGGAUGCAAAUCCUCACACAGUCUCUCUAGAGAAGCAACAGGCGCUGACCGUUCUUCUCAAUGACAGCCUCCAAAGACCGGUGGGAAGAAGGCCGCUCCAGCGCCGUUCCCAGCCACCAAGGCGGGCGUGAGCAAGAAGCAGGCCAAGGUGAGUACACUAUUAUCCUUGGAUUGGGAUGUAACUCGAUAUGCUGACUGAUUUCAGAACCCUCUCAUCGAGCGCCGCCCACGCAACUAUGGCAUUGGUCAGGACAUCCAGCCCCGACGCAACCUCUCGCGCAUGGUGAAGUGGCCCGAGUACGUCCGCCUCCAGCGCCAACGCAAGAUCUUGCACAUGCGCCUCAAGGUCCCACCGGCGAUUGCCCAGUUCUCCAACACCCUCGACCGCAACACUGCCGCUCAGGCCUUCAAGUUCCUCAACAAAUACCGCCCAGAGUCCAAGGUUGAGAAGAAGGAGCGUCUGCACAAGGAGGCCACCGCUGUCGCUGAGGGCAAGAAGAAGGAGGACGUCAGCAAGAAGCCAUACGCCGCCAAGUACGGUCUCAACCACGUCGUUGGCCUGAUCGAGGCCAAGAAGGCCCAGCUCGUCCUCAUCCCCAACGAUGUCGACCCCAUCGAGCUCGUCAUCUUCCUUCCAGCUCUCUGCCGUAAGAUGGGCAUCCCAUACGCUAUCGUCAAGGGCAAGGCCCGCCUCGGCACGGUCGUCCACAAGAAGGUACAUCACACCACCACAAGACCUCACUGUGCAACACUGACUAAUACUUCAUCUAGACCGCCGCUGUGCUCGCCAUCACCGAGGUCCGCAGCGAGGACAAGAGCGAGCUCUCCAAGCUCGUCCAGGCCAUCAAGGAGGGCUACCUCGACAAGAACGAGGAGGCCAAGCGUCACUGGGGUGGUGGUAUCAUGGGCGCCAAGGCCCAGGCCCGCGACCGCAAGAAGAAGGAGCGCGCCGAGCGUGAAAUCAAGAUCUAA